AUGUUGCAAAACGUGGUUGUUAGAAACUCGCUUAUAAAAAGAAAAAAGAUUGUUAAAGCAGCUUUUAAAAAUAAAAUGGGUUUAUCUAUUGACAUUUCAAAACAAAUUAGCAGAACAACCAAUGAUGGCAAUACAACUCGUGGAUUUUUUGCCAAUUCCAAAAUGUUUAGCGAAAUUAUUGGAUUAGAUGUAACUCUCAUCAAUAGAUUUGCUAUAAUUUUGAGAACUAUAUCUUCUCCGAUUUCAUUAAAAAACUCUAGAAUUGCGACGAAUGAAGACUUACUUAAAAGACUUCUUCUUUUCUCAGAUCCUGUUAUUUCGUCUUUAAGAAAAAUUUCUAAUAGAGUUGAUUCUAUCCCUGAAGAAGUUCUUGAAUUGCUCGCAGAUCCAACUGUCGCAAAUGCAGUUUUAUCAGAAAAUAAAUAA